CAGCCUUGUUCGCCUCGUCGCGAAUCUUCAUUGUAUCUCAUCUUCUUCCAUAUACAGUUCUAAUUACUGCCAAAAAUCAUCUGAUUCAAGCAUUCUAUCACCAUGGGCUGGUUCUGGGCAGAUACAACCCCUACGGCAUCUCGCAUUCCGCCUCAUCCCAUGCCCUCCUCCGACGCCUCUCCUCCUCCCGGCUGUCCAAUGCAUAAUCCCUCUAAUCCUUCACCUCCUUCAACUGUAUCAUCAACUACACCGUCCAGCGCAUGCCCCUAUACACCACCCGACAAAACGCUCUCCGCAAUAACUCCCGCCACCCAAACACCACCUCCCCCUGAAUCCUCGCAACCUCGCUCGACCCUCUCCAAACUAAAUCCCCUCAACUACAUGUUCUCCGAUCUGUCCCAGUCUCGCGCGCCCAAUCAAACCACCGCCCUCCCCACCUCCCGCGAAGCCUCCACCAUCCCGCGCGGCGACGGCAGCGGAACAUGGGAAUACCCCUCCCCCCAACAAAUGUACAACGCCAUGCUGCGCAAAGGCUACACGGACACUCCAUCAGACGCCGUCGAAUCCAUGGUCGCCGUGCACAACUUCCUCAACGAGGGCGCCUGGGGCGAGAUCAUCGAAUGGGAGCGGCGCUUCGGGCGCGGGCUCGCGCACGGCUGGCGCGCAUGUGCGCGCGGCGAAGACGGCAGCGUACAUGGCGCGAUGCUGGGCACGGGGGAGUGGGAGGACAAGAGCGUCCCGGAGCCGCGGCUGGUGCGGUUCAUGGGCCGGCCGUCGGAGCGCACGCCGAAAGCCAGUCUGAUCCAGGCGCUGGGGUGGGCGUGGCCGAGUCGGUUUGCGAGCGAGGCGCCGUUUGAUCGGCAUGAUUGGUUUGUGCGGAGGUGUGAUGAGGAGGGCAGGUGUCGCGAGGUGAGGUAUGUGAUUGAUUACUAUGAGGGGGCUGAGGACGAAGAGACGGGCAUGCCGGUGUUCCAUCUGGACGUGCGGCCGGCGGUGGAUGGGCCGACGCAAGCGUGUGAGAGGUUGAUGCGGUGGGGUGGCGAUAUAUGGUGGAGGGCGAGCGGUGGGGUAACGAGGGAGUUACAGAAGGCCCAGGAGGCGAAGGCAAAGUCGUAAACGCAUUCGUCAGGUGGACUGUAUGAUAUAUAGGGAUGGGAAUGGUGUGUUCCUGUCAUGGAUUACGGCUUUUUUACUCUGAUGGGAACCGGUAAUGUGUAUCACGAUAUGCGGGCGCUUUGACUCAUCAUAGUUUACUCUUAUUUCUUGUAGAUUCUUCUCCUACAUACCUUAGUAUAACGAACCCGGUCUACACUCUCGAUCACUACGCUCCAGUAUCUUCGGAAGGGCGAUCGUACUUGUGCUCAUGCCGCUGCACGCAUUCAACGUACAACGUGUCAAUUCACGCACAGUCACCGCAGUCCGCGUAGGAGAGUCAUCAGAUUCAUUCACUAAAGAAAAUACAUAUGGAAC